AUGGCCGCGCUGCCGGUGCUGCCGGUCAUCGUCCAGGAGAACUGGGCGCAGUGCGAGAACCCCAACUGCAACAAGUGGCGCAAGCUGCCGCCGGGGUACCAAGUGAAGGAGGACGAGCCCUGGUACUGCUACCUGAACCCCGACGACCACAAGGCCGCCUGCAGCGCCAGCGAGGACGAGUACAAUGAGGCUGUGGAGAUCACGGUGCCGCUGGCCGCCACCGACGUGGAGGAGGCAGAGCACAACCGCCAGAUCCGGGAGCGCCUGGCCGCCAGCUUCCGCGCCACCGCUGGCGGCGCAGCAGCGCCGGCUAGCAGCGGCAGGGGCAGGGGGCGCGGCAGAGGGCGGGGCAGGGGCCGCGGGCGCGGCCGGCCGCCGCUGUCGGGCCGCGGUGGCUCCAGCAGCGGCCCCUCCAGCCUGGAUCCUUACUACCACAAGCGCCAGCGCAGCUCCAGCGGCGGCAUAGUGUACAGGGAGGACUCGGAGGAUGAGGAUGCUGACCUGGCAUCAGAGGAGGAGCAGCUGCCAGCACGCACCACACGGCGCCAGCAGUCGGCAUACAGCCGCCACUACCAGCGGCUUCUAGAGAACCAGGGCUCUUGGGAGGCCGGGUUAGGGCACACCGCCGGCGGUUCUGCGGCGCCCUACAUGCCGCCGCCGAGAGAGGCGUGGGAGGGGCUGGGGCAGCAUGCGCCGGAGCUUGCUGAGCUGGCGUGCAGCGCCGCUGACAUGGCCAGCAGCCUGCAAUACUUUCAGGGCAGCAGCUGCGCAGCACAAACUGGCGAGGAGGCAGAGUCUGUAGCGCGGCUGGCGACCAUGCUUGCAUCGGCCGCUGCCCUGGUGGCGACAGAGGACAGUCUGACAGAGGAGGAGCGGCGCAGCUGCUGCCUGGAUGCUGCCGCCGGGGUGCCAGCAGCCGGGCCGGCAGCCCUCGGCAUCCAGCCUGCGGCCGUCGCCGCUGCGGCCCCAGCAGCCCUUGGCGCACCCCUUCUGCAGCAGCAGCAGCCCGCAAUAGCUGGCUGGCCGCAGGCGCCUCUGCCUGUGGCAAUGGCGAUGCCGCAGCCGAAUGGCCAGCAGCAGCUGCAUCAGCUGCAGCAGCAAGUACAGCAGCAGCAGCUGCAGCAGCUGUGGGCACAGCAGCAGGCAGCGACGGGGCUGGCAUACGGCGCCUUGCCGGCAGCAGCACAGUUUGUUGGUGGCACGCUGCCGGCUCAGCUUGGUGGGGCACCGCCCCGGCUGGUAGCAGGGGCGGUUAUGCCUGGGGGGGUGGCUCCCCAAGGCAUGAUGCUUAUGCAGCAGCAGCAGCAGCGGCCGCCGCUUCAGCAGGCGGCGCCCAUAGUGGAGCAGCAGCCCGGCAUGCCGCAACAACUGCUGCCGGCGGCGCAUGGGCCGCCAGGCGUGCAGCCAGCGCUGGGCUUGGCGCCGCGGCCUAGCAUCCCGCUGAUGCCAGGAGUCAGCCCCGCCAUGGUGGCCCAGUACACGCAGAUGCUGAUGCAGCAGCAGCAGCGAGGUCCAGCCGUCGCCGGCCAGAAGCCGGCGGGCACGGCGCCGCCGCACGCUAACGGCACUCACUGA